AUGUCUCUGAAUGUGAGAAAUACUACUGCUUCUGCUUUCGCACAAAUUGUGUACGAUAUCGGUUUUGAUGUUAUUGAGUUACAUUCAAGCGCGUUUGAAUCCACCGAUGCAGGCUAUCUACGAGACUUGAAGAAAGAUCUUGCGCGGAAAGGAUUACCGUUAGGUUAUAUCGGGGUUAGCAACAACUUUGGUCGUCCUGUUGCCGAACAUCCGGAACAAGUCGCGCUCAUCAAGCAGUGGAUUGACAUUGCCGCUUUUAUGAGUUGCCCGCUUGUCCGAGUCUUUGCCGCCUACGUACCUGAGGACUGCGACGAUGAAGAGACUUUAUGGCCACCGAUGAUUGAAGCCUUCAAGGAGGUCGCUGAAUACGGCUAUGAAUCAGGAAUCCUCGUCGGGUUACAGAAUCACAACCACAACAACGUUACACGCGAUGGUGCUGCUGUUUUACGCGCCCUGAAUGAAACGGAUCAUCCUUAUUUCACACAUAUCUUGGAUACUGGACAAUUUGCAGGGUCCCCUGGUGCGAGUGGACAUCGCGGCUCUUCGCAUCCGGGUUACGACUGCUAUGCAAGUAUUGAACAGACAGCACCUCACGCCGUCUAUGUCCGUACGAAGUUUUAUCAGAUUGAUAGCGGUGUAGAGGAAUGGUUGGAUUACCCUCGCGUUUUAGAAAUCUUGCGAGGUGUUGAUUAUAACGGAUGUCUCUCGAUUGUCUAUGAAGAUUCACAGAUGGAAAAGAGGAGAAUCCUUAUGCUCGAUAUCAACCCAAAAUAUCUUGUCAACACCAAAGGCAGGAAAACCGCUGUCGUUCUAUCAAUGAAAGAGUAUCGCCUUCUCAUGAAGCACCUGGAGGAUUUAGAGGACAUUUUAGAGAUGGAUGCCGCGGUUGAAACCGAGACGGCUUCUCGCGACUAUCGGGAAAUUCGGGCCGAGUUAAAAAAAGAAGGAAAACUUUGA